UAAUUUUUUAAUUUAAAAUUUAUGAUACUAUAACUUUAACGGAUAAAACCAGUUGUUAAAUAAUAAAAAAAUAAUAAAAAAAAAACAUCAAACAUUUUAUAGCAGUUGAGUUAGUAACGAAAUAUUUAACAGUAAUAAUAAGUUGUUUUUAUCCAUAGCUACUAAUUAAAUUAUUCCAGUGAAUUAUUAAAAUUUUCUAUGAAUCAAUUGAAUAAAUUAUGACUGUUUUGAAUUAACAAUUAUAGAUAGCGAAUAAAAUUUUUAAGCGUAUGUUGCCGAAAAUCAGUAUAAUGAUGCCGAUUGAUACUUUGUUUUUAAUACAUCGUAUAGUUUUUAUUUUCAUUCCAUUAUUGAGCAAUUCAAUUUCUGGAAACACAAAAAAUAACAAUUUUCACUGUGCGCAGAAAAAUAAUUUGUGUUAUCCUGAACAUCCAAAACCUUGUUGUGACCAAAGUAACAUUUGUACGGAAGCAAGUAAUGGUAUAUUCAAAUGUAAAUAUAAAGCACAUUUAGGAACAUCUUGUGAAUCAGAUGACGAUUGCAAUAUAGUAUGGCAUGCAAAAUGUUCAACAGAAUAUAUAUGUGUAUGUAGAUCAAAUUACAUUCAAAUUAAUAGGGCAAUAUGUGCACCUUUAUUAGGUGAAUAUUGUAUAAACAAUGAAAAAUGUGCACCCGAAAAUUCAGUUUGUAUAAAUAAUGAAUGCCAAUGCAAAGCUCAUUAUUCAAAGCAAUUAAAUACUUUUUGUAAGCCAAUGGUGUUGGGAGAAUUAUGUUUUAAUGAUGACUUUUGUAAGCUGGUUGAAUUUUCAAAAUGUUCAACUACUGAUUUUGUUUGUAUUUGUACAUCAAAUACUAUUGCAGUAAAUCAAACAUGUAAGCCACUUUUAGAUGGAUUUUGUGAAAAAGAUGAAGAAUGUGUUCCUGAUUAUUCUGUUUGUAUUAACAAUACAUGUAAAUGCAGCAGUUAUUUUUUACCUUUACUGAAUACUCAAUGUAAAGAAGCUUACAUAGGAAUGACUUGUAAACAUGACGUAGAUUGUAGCGAAAUGAUAAAUCAUUCUGUAUGUGACAGUAAUAUAUGUUCAUGCGAUUAUCGUUAUUUUCCAAUAAAUUACAUGACAUGUGCGCCAACUUACAAUAACUCCUGUCAAACAAAUGAGUUAUGUGCAAAUGAUAAUUCUGUGUGUUUUAAUAAUAAGUGUCAAUGCAAACCUAAUUAUGUUUAUCGAGAUUGGGAAUGCGUCCCAACAUUAUUAAAUGAUUCAUGCAACGAUGAUUCUAAUUGCAACCGAAUAAAAAAUGCAAUAUGUUCAGUAGAUAAAAAAUGCGUCUGUAAAAAUAAUUAUAAUAAGAUAAAUGAAAAAAAUUGUGGGUCGAUUUUGGAUGAAUUCUGUUUGAUAAAUAAACAAUGUGGUAUCAAAAAUUCAUAUUGUAUAAAUAAUCAGUGUCAAUGUGAAUUUAAUUUCGUGCCGAUAUCCAGCAAACAAUGCGCUCCAAUAUCCUUGAAAAAAAACUGUGAAUGUGACGACGACUGUCGUAAUCUUAAGCAUUCAAGAUGCUCAAAAAACCGCAUGUGUAUUUGUAACCCGAAUUACGUUUCUGUAAAUAAUAUGUGUGCACCUCUUUUAAAUGGAUUUUGUUCAACUGGUGAAAGAUGUGCAACUACAAACACUCGUUGCAUUGAUAAUAGGUGUAAAUGUAGACCUAACUACCAACUUCAGGCUAACAAUGACUGCAUACCAAUGCAUUUACAAGGAUCCUGCAAAUUAGAUUCAGACUGUCGUCUAAUAAAGAAUUCCAAAUGUUCAGAAAAGAAAAGAUGUAUUUGUGAUGAAAGCUAUGUUGUAAAAAAUGAAACGUAUUGCGAAUUAUUGAGUGACUUUUUGUGCAUCACGGGAAACUGUUCUGUGACACAAACAGUAUGUUAUUCGGAUGAAGAUUGCAGUGAAAGAAUAAAUACGCGUUGUUGGAAAAAUCAGUGCAUUUGUAACAAAAAUUACGUUCCGGUGAAUGAUACAUGUCUAGCAUAUCUUAAUGGAUUUUGUCAAAUAAAUGAAGAUUGUUUAGUUGAAAAUUCAGUUUGUAUUGUCAAUCGAUGUCAGUGCAAACCAAAUCAUGUAAUGCAAUCGAUAAAUCAUUGUGAGCCAAUUUCAUUGGGAAUGCCAUGUAAAUCAACUAUGAGUUGUAGUUUGAUCAAAAAUUCUGUUUGUUCAAAAAAUAAAAUUUGUAUUUGCGACCACAAUAAAUUGGCAGUAAAUAAAUUAAUGUGCAAACCAAUGAUAAAUGAAUUUUGCCUGAAAGAUGAACAUUGCUCUGUUGAAGAUCUACGUUGUUUGUAUAAUACAUGUCAAUGCCAAACAAAUUAUUCACCUGCAUCUGAUAGCCAAUGUAUAGAAACAUCUAUGUUACCCAAUUGUCAUGACCGUAUCGAUUGCAAUGAUCCAUUACGUGCAGAUUGUUCCGAUAAUAACAAAUGUGUUUGUAAAUCAAAUCAUAUCGCAUCUAAUAAUUCAACAUGCCUGCCACUUCUUGAUGGAUUUUGUUGGAAAAAUAGUCAAUGCAUCACUGAAAAUUCCGUUUGUUUUUAUAAUAGCUGCCAAUGCAAAUCUGAUUUUUUACGUGUGUCAAAUAAUUUAUGCGUACUAAGUGACUUAAAUAAUUAAUAGUAUAUUACUUCUGAAGGCACGAAAAGUAGGACAUUCCAACCUGCGUGUAUAAUUCCCUACCCGAGCCGAAUUCGAAGUUGGCAAAUACACGGAUUGAAACGUUCUACCUUUCGCCUAUGGUGUAUAUAUGAUUUUUCACCAGACUUGUACCUGAAAGCUUGAAUUUCUGCCUCCGUUUGUGAGAAGAACUACACAUGUUCUCAUUUUCAUCAUUUGUUUUCUCAUAAGAGAAAAGAACGACUUUCUUCCCUCUAAAUAGAACAGAAAUUAAAGCUUUCUGUGCAGGUCUGGUGAAGAAUAACUAACAAACUUAAUAAUUAAAUUGUCAUUUUCCUUUUGAUCAUUGAAACGGUAGACUAUAUCUUCAUUUUUACAGAGUAACCUAGUAAAUUUCAUCCAAGAAACAAUACUUUUUACAGUUAUAAGCUCUUUAGUGUAAAUCACGGUGUUCUUAUCGUAAAUUUUCAGAAUUUGA